UUACUCGCCAACAUGGCGGCGGACUGGGACCGAGGGCAUGGCUCCGUGGAGGACAUGCUUGACGCUGAGAACAAGCGCCUGGCUGACAGUUUGGUCACUAAAGUGUCCCGACUCAAAUCUCUGGCGUACGACAUUGACAGAGAGGCCGAAGAUCAGAACGACUAUUUGGACAGCAUGAACUCCAACUUCCUUAGCACUACGGGCCUGCUGGGAGGUACCGUGAGGCGCUUCUACAACACAAUAGGCUCAGGACGUGAAAACCGGCGCAUCAUGUGCUACAUCGCCAUCGGCCUGAUCGUCAUAUUCUUCCUGCUCUACUACACCAUCGCCGGAAUGAGCCACUGA